AUGAAGAUGCUCUGGCAUAAAGAAAUGAGUCGCCUCUUCAAAAAAGGGUAUGCCAGCGGAUGCGAGCCGGUCAACCUUGCUAUUGUAGGUAGGUGUGUCGACUAUGCCACUUCAGCGGCGCUCAAUUCACUGGACGGAUUCGGGCAGCUAACUGAAGUACUGGUGUCCACGGCGCCAACUACCCCUCCGAUGGUAUCCGACGUUGACGAGCAAUUCAUACUGAAUGUCUUCUUCCUGGACCCAGUAAGCAUCACAUCAAUCCAGCUAUGCUGCGAUGGGCCACCUGAUGACGUAGAAGCUUCGAAACCCAAAACUGUGCGGAUGGUUGAGGAUGUGUUAUGUACGUGA